UUGAACAACAAAACACCACGAACAAAAGGCCGUGAUGAGACCAGGGUGCGUGCAGGCACUAGUAUUGUUGUUGGUGGUGUUGGCCAUGAUGCCGUUCAUCAGCAGCGUUGGUGGAGAGGUGACGCUGGAGGAGGACGAUGCGGGUGCGUUCCACAUCAACACGAGCGAUCCAACGAGCCAGCCCGUGUUUGUGAAUGGGAUCAAUGUGCACGAGACGCUCAUUACGCUGAUGAGUACCUUGUCCGUGCAGCAGAGCACGAUCGAGGCGCUGCGGCGCACAAGUACCGAGCUCUGCCAGCUGAAGAGGCGGGCGAGGGCGUUUGGCCAGCUGGGCUCGCAGAACGCAAAGUGGCUUGGUGGCGCGCUGGCGGACAACGGCCGGAUCUACGCUGCGCCGUUUAACUCCCCUUUUGUCCUCAUCAUCGACCCGAGCACAAACACUGCCGACAUGACCUCGAUCGCAGAGCUCGGAACAGACUUGGCCAAAUGGGCCGGUGCUGUAUCGGCACCAAACGGCCUCGUCUACAUGUUCCCUUCAGAUAGAGAGACGAUGCUCGUCAUCGACCCGAGCACCAACGCCGUUGACACCACCAGCAUUGGCUCGCUCGGCUCCGACAGGUACAAGUGGUACGGUGGCGUGGUGACAAGUGAGGGCGUCAUCUUCGGCAUCCCCUACUACGCAACGGCUGUGCUGAUCAUUGAUUCCGAAACCAACACAGCCGACCUCACCUCGCUGUCCGGGCUGUCGAACCAAAACGACAAGUGGUAUAGCGGCGUGCAAGCAGACAGCGGGCUCAUCUAUUGCGUCCCUUUAACGGCUCCUUCUGUCCUCAUCAUCAACCCUGCGUCCCUGACGAUGGACUUCACGAGCAUCAGUGGCCUUGGCAUGAACAGCAAGUGGUGGGGCGGCGUGCUUGCAGGCAAUGGUCUCAUCUACAGCAUCCCAGGUGCUGCCGCGACGACGCUCGUCAUCAACCCGGCGACCAACGCCACGAAUGAGCUUGCUGUUGCAGAACUGACAUUUGAUCACAAGUGGAUUGGCGGCGUACUUGCGCCCAACGGCAACAACAUCGUAGGCAUCCCGUACACCUCGCCAUCGGUCCUCAUCUUUGAUCCAGCCACCAAUGCAACUGAUACAACGAGCAUCGCCAACCUUGACGCCAAUGCCGAGUGGUGGGAUGGCGUUCUCGCUCCGAAUGGCCUCAUCUACGGCGUUCCACACUAUGCAGAGUCUGUCCUCGUCAUCGACCCAGGAUGCUGAUGUGUUGUGUUGUGUGUGCUGUGCGUGUGUGCUGCAUGUGUGUGUGUGUGUGCUGCAUGUGUGUUUGGACUCAAGCUCUGCUGUACAUCCUUUCUUGCUCGGUCUCCUUUCGGUGCAGUCGUGUCCUUUGUGACACAACUCUGUCGUUGCC